CAACGGAGACCGCCGACUCAUACACCAGGAUACCAGGAUAACCCAGGACAUCGUCGACGAUGGGAAAUGAUGGAGGAAGCAUCCCGGACCGCCGUGAUUUGGUGAAAAGUAAGCCCAAGGCUGAACAGGCGGACAAGAACAAUCGGAUGAUUGCUCAAUGGUUUUUCUGCGCUCUUUCAAAGAGAGAGUUACAGGAUCCUAUUGUCUCAUGCGAGCUUGGCAAGUUAUAUAACAAGGAUGCAAUUCUGGAGUAUUUGCUAGACAGAUCGGCUUAUGGAGAUGGGGAAAAGAUAUGCGGGCAUAUCCGAUCUCUGAAGGAUGUUAAAACGCUUACGCUGACAAAGAAUCCUGUCGAACCGCCGAAUGAUGGCAAGGACACAAAUACACGACACCCUAAAUUCAUAUGCCCCCUGACCCUGAAAGAAAUGACCGGCGCUGUGCCCUUCUGUUACGUUGCUACUUGUGGGGACGUUUUCUCGAGCGCUGGUCUUCGCUCUAUAUCAACAUCCUCCAAAGACACGCCCUCUCCCCCACCUUCUGAUGCAGUCUCAUCAGCUCCUUCCGUCCCCAUUUCUUCGCCCCUCGACCUCUGCCCGCAGUGUGGGACAAAAUUUACCAAGGCCACAGAUAUACGUCUCAUCAAUCCAUCCCCUGAAGUAGCAGAACGCCUUCGCGAGGAGAUGAUCGCCCGGCGAGCCGCUGCGAAACCGAAGGGUAAAAAACGGAAAGCAGGAGCAGAAGGAGUCGAAGCAACAACGGAGAAGGAAAACGGUGACUCCGCGAAGCGUGCCAAGCAAAACGGUGGCAAUGAUUCCCCAGCACCAAGCAUGAACCCGUCUCUAGCUUCCAUCAACCGCAAGGUCGCUGCGGACCUGGCCGAGGAAGAGAAGAAACGAAAGGAGAAGAUGAGUUCGGCUGUCGCGAGCCUUUAUGGAGACCCGAAGGAAAAAAAUAACAGCAAAGAGACGUUCCUUACCAUGGGUACUUUCACUAGAUAUGCUUAACGAAUAUUCCGUGUGAACUUCUACAUCGCUUUCACCAUGAAUUGUAAUGUGUACAUUCUAUUGCUGAAUAUGUGUACGAAUAAUCCAUCAUCUUUGCAAAGAUAGUACCUCAUCCCUCUCCAUUACAAUAAUCGACUUCUGAUAGUUGGUGUUAUCCGAGUCAGAUCAAAAAGUAAUAAAGCUGACAUUGAGAAUAUGUAAAGGUGAUAAUAUAUGGUGAUGGUAACAGGACGUCGGACAUGGUGCUGGGUACGUUAAUAGUUAAUGCUAGUGGGAUAAAGGAAUUUAAAAUAAAGCCAGGACCAAGACACGCGCAGUCCAUGUCCGCAUUGAUGAGAUGUUGUAUCCUCCCUGACAAGCACUCACAGCGGAAGCCCGAAGCGAAGUGGUGAUCAGAUGCUGGUAACAACCCAAGAAGAUAUAAACCGAGAAUGAGGUAUUAAGAAAACUGAAAAAAAAAAUGCUGACGGCAAACAUGAAGGCAAA